CCUUUUGUCAGGUCGACAACACACUGCACCGCCGCGAGCUUCGAACCGAACCCUUCGCCCCUCCUCCCAAGGUCGCAGAAAGUCGCGUCGUAUUCCCGACCCUUACCUGCCCACCUGCUCCUCCUUAUCUUUCCAGGGUCUUUCUCCGACAGACGGUGACCAACGACCAUGCCGGCGCCAUCCACCUGAAACCUACCGUCCACCAUCAACGAGCAGUGAUUCCUUUACGACUUUAUUUUCUUUCUUGCUCCCAACCGACCGAACCGACAACUGUUGCUGCUGCGGCGAUGUCUCAUGGGUGAUCCCGCUCUCGCAUUGUAUACGGAGCAGCUCGACCGUCUAGCCUCGUCACCACCUGCUGCUGCAUAAACCUGCUCCCGCCGAUUCGAUCUAUUUCCUUGUGCGACGUCGUCGUCUUCUGUCGCCGGACUCCCCGGGCCCCGGACCUACAUCAUGUCGUCCACAGCUGCCGGCUUCCUCGGCCGGUCGAGUUCUAACAACUCGAACAUGCGCGGUCUCGUUCAGUUCAUUGCAGACUUGAGAAACGCAAGAGCACGAGAGCUAGAGGAGAAGCGCAUCAACAAAGAGCUCGCAAAUAUUAGACAAAAAUUCAAAGAUGGCAAUCUCAGUGGUUACCACAAGAAGAAAUAUGUCUGCAAGCUCCUCUACAUAUACAUCCUCGGCUGGAACGUCGACUUUGGCCACCUCGAGGCUGUCAACCUCGUCUCUGCGAACAAAUACUCCGAGAAGCAGAUCGGAUACCUCGCCAUGACCCUCUUCCUGCACGAGAAGCACGAACUGUUGCCUCUGGUUGUCAACAGUAUAAGAAAGGAUCUUCUUGACGUCAACGAGUUGUUCAACUGCCUCGCCCUGCAUGCGAUUGCCAACGUUGGUGGAAGGGAAAUCGGAGAGGCCUUGAGCGGCGACGUACAUAGGCUAUUGAUAUCACCGACAUCAAAGUCAUUCGUCAAGAAAAAGGCCGCCCUUACCCUCCUCCGACUAUAUAGAAAACACCCCGACAUAAUCGAACCGCAAUGGGCCGAGCGCAUCAUCUCGAUCAUGGACGACCUGGACCUGGGCGUUGCACUUUCGGUGACCUCGCUUGUGAUGGCCCUGGCGCAGGAUAACCUGGAACAGUACAAGGGUGCCUAUGCGAAGGCUGCAGCAAGGUUGAAGAGGAUACUCAUCGACGGCGACUACGCACCGGACUACCUAUACUACAAGGUCCCGUGUCCCUGGAUUCAGGUCAAGCUGCUGAGGCUACUGCAGUACUUCCCGCCGUCAGGUUCACUGAUGACCACCACAGACGAUAGCCACGUGCGCAAUAUGAUCCGCUUGUCCCUGCAAAAGAUUCUCGAUCUGGCCAUGGAGACGAACAAGAACGUGCAGCAGAACAAUGCUCUCAACGCGGUACUGUUUGAGGCUAUCAACCUCAUCAUCCACCUCGAUACAGAGCAUUCUUUGAUGCAACAGAUUUCUCAGAGGCUCGGCAAGUUCAUUCAGUCUAGGGAGACCAAUGUUCGAUACCUAGGUCUCGAGGCCAUGACCCACCUCGCAGCUCGCGCCGACACGCUGGACCCCAUCAAGCAGCAUCAGGAGGUCAUCAUCGGCUCGUUGAAAGACCGGGACAUCAGCGUCCGGCGGAAGGGCCUCGAUGUGCUAUACAGCAUGUGCGAUGCAACAAACGCCCAGCCGAUCGUCGGAGAGCUGCUCCGCUACCUCCAGAAUGCCGACUUUGCGAUCCGGGAGGAGAUGGUUCUCAAGAUCGCCAUUCUGACCGAAAAAUAUGCUACUGACGUGCAGUGGUAUGUAGACAUCUCUCUGCGGCUGAUUGCGAUGGCGGGUGACCACGUGAGCGACGAGGUCUGGCAGCGGGUCAUCCAGAUUGUCACGAACAACGAGGAGUUGCAAGUGUACGCAGCCAAGAACUCGCUGCAAUACGUCAAACAGGACCACUGCCACGAGACGCUCGUCAAGAUCGGAGCGUAUAUUCUCGGAGAAUUCGGACAUCUCAUUGCUGAAGACCAGGGCUGCAGUCCGAUCGAGCAGUUCAUGGGGCUGCACAGCAAACUGCCGGCUUGCUCGUCCAGCACACGUGCCAUGAUCCUCUCCUGCUUUGUCAAAUAUGUCAACUUGUUCCCUGAGAUCAAGCCUCAGCUCCUCCACGUGUUCGACAUAUACAGCCAUACUCUCGACUCGGAGCUCCAACAGCGAGCCUAUGAGUACCUGACCCUGGCCACACUCCCAACGGACGAUCUCCUGCGAACGGUCUGCGACGAGAUGCCACCCUUCCCCGAACGGCAGUCGGCGCUUCUGUCCCGCCUACACCAAAAACAUGCGAAUACUAGUGACAGACGCACUUGGGUGGUUGGCGGGAAGUCAGCAAAUACCGAUACCCACGAGCUCAAUAUGGCCAAGAAUCCCGGGCUCAAAAGGACAUUCAGCUCGCAGGCGACCAACGGCAACGGACAUGUCAACGGCACGAACGGUCAUCAGUCAGCCAAUGACCUGGCUGGUCUCGACAUGUCCAACAUCGGAGCUGCAGAGCCAAAGACGAAGCCUCCGAAUCUUGCGAGUGCGGCUCACUUGUCGCCAGGUUGGGAAAAGGGUUUCAACCGGCUACUGGUCAAGCCUGACGGCAUUCUCUUCGAGGAUGGUCAGCUGCAAGUCGGCGUGCGGUCCGAGUAUCGUGGACAGAUGGCCUGUCUUAUCAUGUACUUCAUGAACAAGACCCCGACGAUCAUGAGCUCCUUCACGACCACGAUAGACCUAGACGAAAGCGAGAGGAACAAGCUGACCUGGGACAUCAAAGGCCUGCCUGAUACUACAGUCACGCAGGGAAACCAAUGCCAGCAGGUCAUCAUGUUCGAGGCGAAGAAGGUCUUCGAGAAGAGCCCAACGAUGAGGAUCAGUUAUCUCGCCGGCGCCCUGCAGGCCGUGACCCUAAAGCUGCCCGUCACGGCGCACAAGUUCAUGGAUCCCGCAGAGCUCACGGGGGAUGACUUCUUCAGGAGAUGGAAACAGAUCGGCGGUGCACCCCGAGAGGCACAAAAAGUGAUCGGGCUGAAGCCUGGCAGCCAAAACCGGGAAAUCACCGAGGGGUACGUACGGCAGGUUGUGUCGGGUUUCCGAUGGGGUAUUUUGGACGGUGUCGACCCGAAUCGCAAGAACUUUGUGGGUGCAAGCGUCUUGCACACUUCGGAGGGUGGCAAGUUUGGAUGCCUGAUGAGGCUGGAGCCAAACUACGGCUCUCAGAUGGUUCGGCUCACGAUUCGGGCCACUGACGAGAGCGUGCCGAACGUGCUGAUAAAGCUGAUGGAAGAACGCAUUGCAGUUGGUCUAUCGACAUUGCCAGAGGUAAAUGUCGGUCCCACGCCCAGUGAGAUCUCGGCAUCAUUCGCCAAUGUCCUUGUGAGAGAUUGAGCGACGGGAAACAAGAGACUUUUCUUUCUUUCUUCAGAUUUGUGGGAUAAAUACCACUCGGCUGACAAGGCCUUUUAAUUGACACGGGCUACGUGGCGCGCGCUUAAUCUGAAUAAUGAAAUUGCAGUUGAGCGCAGGGCGUUUUUGGACAGCAUCAGGAAGGCGACCUGUUUUUCUCUCUUCUUUCUUCUUCUCCCCUUCCUCUUAAACGUUUUUGUUGCUCGAGAACAGGAGAAAAAAAACAUGAAAGGGGGCGGGGGGGACGUCGCAUUGAAUCUUGUUCCCUCACGUAGCAAUCCCAUAGUCAAUUGUAGCCCAGCCCGUGUUGUGUAUAUAUUAACAAGUUGUCUGUCUGAGUCUUGC